AUGGAGGAAACCAAAGCCCAGAAUUAUAUUGUUGAUGUUAAUGAUCAAUUGCUACGCAUUGGGACCGAUAUUGAAAAACUGAAAAGAUCAGGGACAUUUCAAACUUCCCGUGUUGAUGAUUUAUCAACAAAAUUAAAUGGUAUUGGUGAAAAUCUUCGUAUGCUCAAUGUUUGCACAGAGACUGAUAUGCCCCGUGUUGUACCAAAAUUUGAAAUAUCUUUCCGGAACAAAACUAACAAUGAUACUUUCGCUAAAAAGAUCGAAAAUAAAGUUAUUAGAAAUAAAUUAGAUAGUCGACUCCCUUUCAGUCAAACUGAAAAUUGUAACCCAUCAAUAGAUGCUACCUCAAACAUUCGUACAGAAGGUGCAGCACAUGUUAACAGAAACGAUAGUGAUGAUGACGAGGAUGAAUCAUCUUCGCAUUCUUCGUUUACUUCUCAAACCUGUAACAACGUUAAUUUUAAAACACAUACAAGUAUAAAAACUUGUGUUACAGUAGAUCGAAUUGCUAGCGAUGGUGAAAAUAUUUUAUUUACUUCAAAAGGGAAACCAGAUGUUCUAGUUUAUCAUUUCCUAAAUCAGGAUCUAGUUGAAUGCAAGCAUACGUGGCCUCAUCCACCUGUAUCCGAUGUCAUAUGGUGUGAAAAAAUCAAGCAGUACCUGUGUGCAGCACUCAAUGGUAUAUAUAGCGUGACAUAUACAAAUAAAUUUAAAAUUGAACAGGUAGUGAAUGGUAAUUGGGCAUUUGUGAGGAUAUCAUGUAAUCAUGACCACAUCUGGAUUUGGAUGAAUACCAAUAUUGGAAACUUUAACGGUAUUAAUCUUUAUUCAUAUUCAUUUCAACAUAUGAAAACAAUCGACUUUAAUAAUCGUCGUAUAGGAAGAUUUGUCGAUAACUGCGAAAGCUUCUGUGUCCACAAUCAAGUAUUUGCGUCUCUGUGUGUUCGCAAAAGUAAAAAUAGUCGAGAAGUAUUUUAUGUUACGUUUUGCGAUUUAAAUAUGAAGAAAAUACGUUCAAUUCCACUGGGCGAAUACGCUGCUAACACUGAAAUUCGAAGUGAUGUUAACGGACGUUUUUUUGUUUCAACAGGGAUGAAAAAACUCUGGGUAGUUAAAGUUUCUGGUGAAAAACAAUUUGUUAAACUUCAGAAUAAUUCAUGCACAAUAGCUAUACUGAACGAAAAAGAACUAGUUGUUGGCACUGAUAAGAACAUGAUAGAGUAUCUUAAGAGCUAG